AUGACUGAUACUAAUAAGAGAUAUCUUAUCGCCAGAAAACUAAGAUAUUUAUAUUCAGGUGAUGUUUGGUUCAGAGUAAACAUAGGAAUAUGCUAUUCUUGCAAUCAACUUGUCUAUUCCAAAUUAAGAAGUGGAUACGAGUAUUUCCAUGCAUUCUUUAUGAAUAAGCAUUGGCGUACAAAUUGUACCAGAAACGAAUAUUGUGAUAUGAGUUUUGAAGACUACAUGAAGCUGAAAAAUAAUCCACCACCUUGCUAUUUCACAAAGAAGGCAAUCCGUCAAUAUGAGAUGUGGUUGGAAAAUGUAUUAAAUAGGAUUCGACGUAUCAGGCAAAAGCAUAAAAUGCAAAGUAAUGUAAAUACUACACAUAGCAAGCCUUACUAUAUUCAUAACCAGCAAAAAAAUAUCUGUAUGGAUAAUACCUUUUUAACCUCUUCUCCUAUCCAAUACCAGAGAUACUAUUCCUAUAGGACAGAUAAGCCACGUCUAUUGACUCCUCCUCCAUUGCCACUAAAGCUUAUUGUGUUAAUGAAUGGCUUCGAAAGAUAUACCAUGUGA